CCGGGGCGGAGUCGGGCAGGUCCUACCCCACCACGGGAGCCGCACCCAGACAGCGCUGCGCAGCUCCGGUCUGCACCAGGCGCACGAAGGUGAGCCAGAGCCACGAUGGCGGUCCUCUCUAAGGAAUACGGAUUUGUGCUCCUCACUGGUGCGGCCAGCUUUGUGAUGGUGCUCCACCUAGCCAUCAACGUGGGCAAAGCCCGCAAGAAGUACAAGGUGGAGUACCCUGUCAUGUACAGCACAGACCCUGAGAACGGACACAUCUUCAACUGCAUUCAGCGAGCCCACCAGAACACGUUGGAGGUGUACCCUCCCUUCCUGUUUUUCCUAGCUGUGGGAGGCGUUUACCACCCGCGCAUAGCUUCUGGCCUGGGCCUGGCCUGGAUUGUUGGGCGAGUUCUUUAUGCAUAUGGCUACUACACAGGAGACCCUAACAAGCGGUAUCGGGGAGCCGUGGGGUCUCUCGCCCUCUUUGCCUUGAUGGGCACAACCGUGUGCUCUGCCUUCCAGCACCUCGGCUGGAUUAGACCUGGUUUGGGCAGUGGGUCCAAAUCCUGCCACUGAUUAACGGUAGUCCUUCCAACUCUCGUUCACCUUGAACGACUUACCUUUAUUUCCAGUUCCGCUGUUUUUUUAAAUAUAAUAAAAACUUAUCUGGCAUCAGCCUCGUACCUAAA